CUACUAAUCUCCCAUCCAUAACCCAUAAAUCAAUUGAAUUUUUGCUCUUGCUUGUGAUCAGGUUCUAUAGUCGACACGAAAGUGUUCGAUUUAUUUAUAAUUUUUCAAAAUUAAACUAUUAAAAGUAUUAAUUAAAAAAAUGUCCGACGUUACUGGCAAGAAGUUAAGCGAACUUAAAGUUGCAGAUCUAAAAGAUCAACUUGAUAAACGUUCAUUAGAAAUAACUGGUUCGAAGGCGACUUUGGCAGAACGUUUGGAAAAGGCAUUAAAAGAAGAAGGAAAAGAUCCAAGUACUUAUGUUUUUGAAAAAGAACCACCCAAAGUUAUUGUGAAGGAAGAACCUGCCGAAAAGGCUGUGGAUGAAGCUGAAGAAAAGGGUGAUGAAGAAGCACCGGCAGAGGUAGAUGAUGGCGACGACGAUGAUGUUAUCAUUGAUGAAGUUGGUGAAGUCGAUGAAGAAGAGCCUCUUCCUGAGGAGGAAUUUGAAGAAGAAGAAGAGGAAACAGAAGACACCCAAAACACUGAUACCAAUAUGAAUGACAAUGAAGAAUCUAUUAAUCUAACAAUUGAAGAAGAUGAACAACAACUGUUACAUAAUGAAGCUCAAGACGAUAAGGACAAAACACUAACUGAUGAAUCAACUACUGAAACUAAUAAAUCAAAGAACAAGGAAAAGGAUGAUUCUUCUGAAGAAAAGAAGACCAAAUCUGACACUAAAAAAACUGAUUCGGAGAAGGAAAAGAAAUCAUCUUCUUCAUCAUCCAGUACAAAGGAAGAUUCAUCGAAGGAUGAUAAAACAGCUGACAAACAAAAGGACGAAAGCGCUGAAACAAAAUCGUCAUCAAAAUCAACAUCGAAGGAUGACAAAGAAAAAUCAUCAGGUGCACCAUCAGAAUCAUCAAAAUCCAAAACAUCAUCGUCAAGUCGCAAUCUCUGGGUAUCUGGACUGUCAUCUCUGACUCGUGCCAGUGAUUUGAAGACGAUUUUUACCAAAUAUGGCAAAGUUAUCGGCGCCAAAGUGGUUACCAAUACUCGCACUCCAGGAACUCGUUGCUAUGGUUUUGUAACGAUGUCAUCUUCAUCGGACGCAAGUCGAUGCAUUGAUCAUUUGCAUCGCACCGAAUUGCAUGGGCGCAUAAUCUCUGUGGAAAGAACUAAGAAUGAAAUUGGUUCAGGUAGCAAUGGUCAUUCUUCAACAGCAGCAGCAGGGGCAGGUAAUACUAGCAAUUCGUCAGGCAGUUCCAAGAAGAAGGAAGAAGAAUCAAAGAAAGCAUCAACAGACGCCAAGGACACUAAGGGCAAGGCAACUACUGAUGGCGCCGAUAAAAAGUCCACAACAUCGACCGUCAAGGACGAUAAAGACAAACCAAAGGGCGGUGCCGCCUCUAAUAAGGGAGCUGAUGAAACAAAGGUAGUCGCUGAAGGCGGUGACAGGCCCAAGCCAGACAAUGCCGUACGUCGUCGACGUAACUCACGGUCAGGAGAUCGGCGACGCAUGGACCGUCCACCACUACCUCCUCGUCGACCAAGCAUUGAUCGUGAAGAACGUGAGCGUGAACGCCUACGUCGUGAGAGAGAAAAGGAACGUGAGCGUCGUGAACGUGAAAUUCUCUCCUACCAGAAGAUCCGUGAAGAGAGGGAACGCCAACGACUGAGGGAACGUGAACGUGAGCUGCGUGAAGAAGAGCGUCGUCGCCGAGAAAUCCGUGAGCGACAACGCGAAGAAGAACUUCGUCUAGCUGAGGAGCGUAGAAAACUAGCUGCCGAACGUGAGCGUCUUGAAAGAGAGAAAGCCGAACUAUUGCGUUUGGAACGAGAACGCCAGAAGUUGGAGCGUGAAAAAAUCGAACUGGAGCGCCUAGAACUCAAGCGCCAACAAAUGAAAAUUAUUGCAACGUCACGUAUUGAUGAACCGCCAAAGAGGGCUGUAAAGAGGGCCGGCGAUGAACGUUAUCCCGAGACAACAGAACGCAAGAGAAAUAGCGGAGCUCGAUUUGAAGCACCCCCACCACCAAGAUUUGAUGCAUCUAUUGCUACUAGUUACGACAAAAAACGUGAUGACUACGGAAGCUCAUCGAAACAACGUGAUGACUACCCAUCAAAACGUGAUGAUUAUUCUACAUCGAAACGUGGUGGCGGCGGAGGAGCCGAUGAUUACUCUAGCAGCAUGAAACGUAGCGCAGUUGGUGGAGCCGAUGAUUAUUCGAGCAGCAUGAAACGUAGUGUUGCCGAUGACUACACAAGUGCACCCAAACGCUCAGUUGAGGAAUACUCAUCCAAGCGAGAUGAAUAUGUUUCAUCCAAACGUGGUGGUGGCGGCGAUGACUAUCCAUCAAGCAAACGCAGUGCUGGAGAUGACUACGGAUCGAGCAAACGAGAUGAGUACAAACGUGAAGUUGAAAUCCGUCAUGUUCCUUCGUCCAGUUAUCAUUCGAAUGGAGGAGGCGGUAGUGGUAUGAAUUCGUCGUCAUUCUUUCCACGUCAUGGACAAACUGCUGGUGGUAGUAGUAGCAAGCGUUAUGAGAGUGCUUCAUAUGGUUCGUCGGAGCGUCAAGGUGGAGGCGGUAGCAGCAGUGGAGGUGCCAACUGGCAAAUGGGACAUUCUAGUCAUGGCAGUCAUUCCGGUCAUGGGCAUUCGUCGCAUUCUGGUGGCGGAGGACCAUCGGGCAUGAAAUCUUAUGCCAGCAAUGGAAUGUCCUCAAAUGGUGGCAUGCCAGGAGGCAGGCAAUCGAUGAAGUCUGAUGAACAUUGGCGAACGAUGCCAUCGUCAGGCGAUCGUUACGAUAGAACGUACAAUGAAAGAUCUGGGCCUUAUGGUGGCGGAAGUGGUAGUAGUCGUCCAGUCUCUGACCGAUAUGGCGGCGCACAAAUGUCGUCACGUUAUGAGAAACAAUAUUAGUCAAGUCGUCGUCAUAGAAUUAAAGAGAAAUCAGCAGCGUACAUUUUUCUUAUACGCUUUAAAAUUAUGACUAAGAUUAUUUUUAAGAAUUUACAUAGUUUUUUUUUGCUUUGGUUUGGUUUAUUUUUCUAACCAACAAAAUUUAGGAUAAACUUUGCAUUGCAUUGGACUUGUGAAGUGGCUAACAUUCUGCUGUCCAUAAGUUACGUCACUAUUACAUUUUGUGUUUGAAUAUAAAAAUGUUACUUUUUUUAAAUUUCAUGACACAUCAUUUAGAAUUGAAUAAAACAAAAAAAUAUGCAAAUAAAAGAAAAA